UAACCUCACUUUUAUACCACAUCAAGAUGAUCCGUGGAGAUUUAAUUAAACGAUUCAGUUCUUAUUCAUUAAGAAUUAUAUCAAGGCAAAACAGUUCUUCACAAAUAAACAUUGAAAAACUAGAACAAGAAUCAGCUGUCGCCAAUGUCAUUGAUGAUGAAGCAAUACAAAAAGAAGAAGAGAUUGAAAGGAAAAGAAAUAAAUCCAGACUAAAACCACAUGAUUUCAAUAUGUUACAUGACCAGAAUCCAUACCCAGAACCCUCACAAUGGUACCAUGGUACAUUGAAGUAUCUACGGCGUAAUUUUGGACGGUAUGGCACGGAGUCUGGUGUAGAUCCAGCUAUUUGUUGGCCCACUCCUAAAGAAUUGGCUGUAACUAAAGAAUAUGAAAGAGUAACAUUUCCAUACUCGAUACAAGAAGUAGUUGCUGCAGCUAAGCAAAGAAGAAAGGAAAAGAUUGAACAGACUAGGUUACGUCAGGAGCAAAUUGUUGAGAGAAUUGCAAAACUAGAGGAUAUGAAGAAAGAUUUGUUUAACAGAAUUGCCAAGAAGGAGGCAGAAGCAAGGGCUGUCAAGGAAAGAAAAGAAAGAUUGAUUGAAGAAGUUAGGAGACAUUUUGGAUACACUGUUGAUCCUAGAGAUGAGAAGUUUAAGGAAAUGUUAGAAAAGAAGGAAAAAGAGCAGAAAAAACUAAUGAAAGAGCAAAGGAGAAAGGAAAAGGAGGAGAAAAUGGUUGAUAAAAUGUUGAAAAAGAAGGAUGUUGCUGAAACAGUGGAAGCAAAAUCUGAAAGUAAACAACAAUAAUUCCUUGUGACUUGUUACUUUAUUUUAAAUUAAUAAAUUAGAAAACAGU